AUGGAAUGGACAUUAAAUGGAGAGCCCCUUUUUGUAGACGGAGACCGUGUAUCGCUGAAAGCACAGGGACAGAUACUAGCCAUCAAGAAGGUACAAAUGGAUGACUUUGGUGUGUAUGCUUGCGAACUCUGGGCCGGUAACGAUCAAUUAGCCAGGCAAGUGGCUACGGUGACGAUCGUCGGGCAAGACGGGGUCAAGAUCGAACCGAAAUCGAGACGAAAGUACAAUUUUCAACCCUCAGCUGUGUUGCUUACUCUCGUGCUCUCAAUCACGCUACUGUUUGCGACAGUAGCAUGUUGUGUUGGAUUUGGACGCAUAUGGAGCAGUAGAAAAGUUAGAGACCGACCAGAACCCGUGUAG